GCCGCCAACAAGGAAGUUCCGGAAGCCGCUGUCAGAGCAAACGCGAGUCAUGGCCCGCAAUGUCCUGUACCCCCUAUACCAGGCAGGAAACCCCCAGCUGCGCAUCUUCCGGACCAACUUCUUCAUCCGGCUGGUGAGGCCUGGGACCGCACAGCCAGAGGACACUGUGCAAUUCCGAAUCCCAAUGGAAAUGACCAGAAUUGACCUCAAGAAUUAUCUGCAGAGCAUCUACAAUGUGCCUGUGGCUGCCGUGAGAACCAGGAUCCAGCAUGGUUCCAACAAGAAGAGGGACCACAGGAACGUGCGCAUAAAGCAGCCCGAUUACAAGGUCGCUUAUGUCCAGCUGAGCGCUGCGGACGGCCGUAUUUCUCGGCCGCUCUUUGCCGAGCCCUGUGCCAGGAGGAGGGGUGAAGGUCUGGAGGGCUCCCCCCUCCGGGGAAUGAGCGCCGUUAAUGAGGCCACAAGCGGGACAAAUGCGGCGCAGUGGAGAGAUAAUGUCAGGGAAAAGAUCGGUGUCCCAGAGUGAUGGUUUCCUGCUGCUAGAUGAAAGCGGAGGCUGAGGCCCCGGACACGCUCCGCCUGCCGGGACUGUGGUGUCCGUCGUGGCCAUCAUGCCAAGCAGCAGGGAAGGGGGGGACUAUUAAUCAUUUCGUCUGAUUGAAUGGGGUCUGCCCGCCUCAUUACUAGGUGGCCGCGCAGAGAUGGAGGGGAGGGGGGAAUGCCGGGCCGGACCCCCGCGGGCCGUUCUCUGCCUCGGCUUUUGUUGGGCUGGGAGUAUUUG